AUUAAAUAACAUUGCCGGAGGGCCAGAAAUUUUUUGGAGACUCGGAUACUCUUAAACUGGACUUGGGUAUCUUUGGAAAGCCCGGCUCGGCCCACGCUUUGUAUUCACUUGUUUCUUCGCUCGCUCGCGGCCUUGUUCCUUGAUUUCUUGCUUCCAAUCUUGUAUCGAGGGUUUGUAGGCCACCUCGUCUGGCAUCGAUUCGGUCGAUGUGGGAGUGGCAGAUGGAGGGAGGGCAUGCCUCUUACGAUGCUGUUCGAGGAGGCCUCGAAGAUUCCACUCCAUGGCUUCCGAAUCCUCUGUCGAUCAGGAGGUUCUGAGGAAGGGAAUCCAGGCGUUGCGGCUCUGUGACGAGAUGAUAAGCAAAUUGGGAUUGUUCUGGUCGAAUGAGGCGAAGGGUGAUGUUAGCACCUCUUAACCUGAAGUACUUAUUGGAGUUCAUUUCAAUUUGUGAAGCUUUGGAGCUUGUCCCUGAAAAGGAGUUAGAAUCUUCUAGUCAAGGAGGUGCUGACACUUGAGCAACUCAAAGGGCAAAAAAGGUGAAUCAUUGCCAUUUCUAAAAGUGGAAGAUAAACAUGUCUUCACCCGUUGCAAGUUAGAAACAAUAUGAUCUGCUGGCUUAUGAUUUCCUUUUUCUCUAACAUUUGCUUCUUUUACCAAGUUAUUUUCAUGUACUGAGCUAUGGGUUAUGAAACUUUUGAAGCUUUAUGAUUUUCUUUUCCUUUACAUUAUCCAAAAUUAAUUAAAUUUUGAAAAUUGUGGAAUGAAGGCCAUGAUGAAUAUUUAUAUAACAUUUGUGAUUUCACCACUUUUUAAUUAUAUUGAUGACUUUUGCCCAAAAAUGUUUGUUUAUGCCAAUAAUUUCCUGUUUCCAUCUUUCCAAAAAAUGGAAAUUUAUCAGAUGUUAUUGACUUUGUUUUUUUGUUACUCAUUUGUGCAUGUGUUUGACAAAGGGCAAUUGUGAAUUAGGGCAGGCACAUUAAACUACUUGUUCCUCCUUGUACAAACCUUUAUUCCAUUUCUUUAAUGAUCUACAUUAAACUUCACAGUCGAUUGUUUGUUUCUUCAAUCACUCGUUCAGUCUAAGAGCUCUUACAGUUGUGGGAAACAUUAUAUAUCAUUAUAUCUGAUACUGCAACAGGUUGAGUUUAUAAUCCAGUUGUUCACCAUUCAGCUUGCAAAUAACAUUGCAAUCAUUUAUAUGUAGCUUAGUUAAUAUGUUAUAUAAACAAAUGAUAUUAUACACAAAUGAAAAAGUCCCUGCCUCUCCAGGUCUAUCUUCCGAUGAUGCUGUUUCUUUUUUCUUUUGAUCAAAUCAAUACUAGAAUGCUCAUUUCAAACUCCAGAGAGGUGCAGAAGCAAAGCUGCAAGAAAUUAAAGAAAGAAAGGAGAGGCGUCAGCAGUCACUGAGGGAAGCAAAACUCCAGAGAGUUGAUUGUCUUCACCCGUUGAAGCUAGGGAGGAAGAUGUACUUGAUGAUGAUGGCGAGGAGGAAAGAGAGCUUUGCUUAGGGAAUUACAUUGGAUGGCUUUCCAAAAUUUUGUCUAGAGGAUCAUUUUGGACUACUUCAACAUUGAGGCAGCUUCAUUCUUACAGACUUCUCAGUGGUUGCUUUAAUUUUUAAAGCAGCAUCUCAGAUUAUUUCUUAGUAAAACUACAGUUAUGCUUGUUAUAUCUGAAUUUAAACAUUCAUAUUAUUUUGCUCCUGCAGCAACACCAUUAAUGCUUCCACGAGUUCUAAAUGGUUGUUAAAAUAAGAAAUUAGUAGGUUCUGUAAUAUCUAUAUUUAAUGGUCAUUAUAUGUAAAUCAUUGUAGGUGGUUUUCAAGUUUCAACCAUUUUCAUUUUUCAUAUAUCACCUGUAUCUGGAGUCUCCAGUGCAUUUUUCAUCAGUCUACUGGUUUUUAUGCAUUUUACCUCAAUGAAUUUGUUGAAAAGCUGUUAAUAAAUGAUAUAAGCAAAUACCCUUUAUAUAGCACCCAGAUGUUGAUUCUUUGUAUUAACUAUUAAGUUCUGAGUAUCAGUUAUGUUUAUAUUUUCAGGCAUGACUCACGAGUUUGGUCAGAUCAGAAAAUUUCUUUAUUUUGUCUAUUUUGCAAUGCCCUGUUCCUGUUAAUAUGAAUAGUUGAUCUUGUAUUUAUGGAUAUUUUUGGAAUUGCCUUACUUUCAGGCUUUUGAUCUCUUAUACAUGCUGAAGAAAGAGGAAGCAAUGCUUAUUGCUGCAAAAGAGAAGCAAUCAAAGGUAAAUUGCUUGAAUCAAAAAGACAACACUUGUAUUGGACUCCAUGUGCAGCACAUUGUAUUGAUUUAAUGUUGGAAGAUAUUGGAAAGAUCUUAAAAAUCAAGAAAACCUUAGAAAGGGUAAUUUUUGUUGUUGGAUUUCUUUAUAAUCAUAUUGGGGCUUUGAAUAUGAUGAGAGAAUUUACAAGGAAUAAAGAAUUAGUGAGACAUGGUGUUACCUGAUUUGCUACUUCAUUCUUGACAUUACAGAGCGUGCAUCGUCAAAAACAUACUCUGAGAAAUAUGUUUACCUCUGAGAAAUGAGUGACAAGUAAAUGGGCAAAAGAAGCAAAAGGCAAGAGGGCUGCUGAUAUCAUCUUAAUGCCAUCCUUUUGGAAUCAUAUAGUUUAUAUAUUAAAGGUAAUGGGCCCUCUUGUUCGAGUCCUUCGGUUGGUGGAUAAUGAAAAUAAGCCUGCAAUGAGAUAUAUUUAUGAGGCUAUGGAUAGAGCAAAGGAGACGAUUAAAAGAUCUUUUAAUGAAAAUGAAGAAAAAUAUGAGAAAAUUUUUACGAUCAUUGACGAAAGAUGGAAUUGUCAACUUCAUCGUCCCUUACAUGCAGCAGGAUAUUAUUUGAACCAUGAAUUCUUUUAUAAGAUUAAAUCUGUUGGAUUUGAUGCAGAAGUUUUGGGUGGGUUAUAUCAGUGUGUUGCAAGAUUAGUUCCCAGCAUUGAGGUUCAAGAUAAGAUUAUUCAUGAAUUAUCUUUAUAUAAAAAUGCUGAAGGUCUUUUUGGAAUUCCAAUUGCCGUUCGAUCCAGGACAACUACCUCUCCAGCUGAAUGGUGGAGUCUAUUUGGAAAUUCCACCCCGAACUUACAGAAAUUUGCUAUCAAAGUACUUAGUUUGACAUGUAGUGCUUCGGGUUGUGAGCGAAAUUGGAGUGUCUUUGAGCAUAUUCACUCGAAGAGAAGAAAUCGGUUAGAACAUCAACGAUUGCACGAUCUUGUUUACAUAAAGUAUAAUCAAGCUUUGAAGACUCGUCAUGAUUUGAAAAAAAGAUUUGAUUCAAUCUCAUUGCAAGAUAUUGAUGAUUCAAAUGAGUGGUUAGUAGGAGAAAUGUGUGCUAACUUGCAAGAUGCUGAAGACAAGCUUGUAUUUGAAGAUGAUAGAUUGACGUGGGGAGAUGUGGCAAGAGCUUCAAGUGCUGGAGAAUUACAAACAUAUACAAGACAGAUGUCAAAGAGAAAAAUGAGUGCAAAAGCAUCAAGCUCGGCUCCUACUAUUGUUGAAGACAUAGAGAAUGAAACAUAUCUUGAUGAAGAGGAAGGAAUCGAAGAACAAGAGGAAGAAGACGAAUUCAAUAAAGAUGAUUUGUGUGAAAAUGACGAUAAUAUUGAUUAUGAUGAAUGACUUUGAUGUAAAAUUUUAAUGUUUUGAAUUUUGAAACUUUUUGUUAAUGUGACAUUGUGAUUUUGUAUCUUAGAUUUUCUUAAUUUAAUAGUAUAUUUUUAUUUAAAAUUUUAAAUAAUUAUAUUUAUUAAUUAUAUUAUAUAUUUUUAUAUUUUAGCGCCUCGCUUCGCUCGGGCGAGCGCCUGGGCGAGCGCCUAGCGCCUCGGGCGUUUUUGGACCUUGGCGCCUUUUGGCGCCCAGCGCUUUUUAAAUCACUGGACAUGAUAUGAGUGAGUGAGAGCAUUGAAUUUCUGUCCUGUGUCUGUUAUUAUAUCUUUUCAGUUGUCUUUGAGAAUUAAAUCCAUCCUGAUAGCAGGCGAUGUCUGUUUACCUUAGCCUUUGAUCAUUUCUUCCUUUAGUCUAAUAUUAAUCCUGAGCCAUGGAAUCAUGCUUACCGCCUGGAUCAAUAAUUUCUGUUUUUCCCAAGUCAUGUUUAAUGCCUGCAUCGCUGACUUGCUGAGUCAUGAUGUAUUUUAAUGCUUCUCAUGAUGCACUUCUUAAUAUGUUAUCUGCUUGUACAAAACAGUUCUGGAUCUCUUUAAUUAACUUUUCAUUAAUUUGAUAGAGCAAAUUAUCGGUGAUAUGGCAAAAAAUGGUAAACCCCACUCCCGGCAACGCCCCCCGCACGUGGACAGGCGCGGCGCCCCAGGGAGAGCAACGAGGGCAACGGUCUGCGUCCGGACGUCAGCCUCACUGAGCCCACAGCCCCUCAGUCAACCCAGCACAGUAGGACGAGACAGAAGUAGGUAGCGGUUGAAGCUCGCCCAUACCCUGCGAUUCCCCGAUCCCAUACGCAACAUCCUCGGCGAUGUCGGACGCCAUCAGAGAUACGGCCCCGACCGACGGGAUGGCGUGCCCGAUAAUGCCGAGUUCCCCUAUAAACGUCCUCGAGCCAGAGGGAAGAGGGCAGACUGGACGCCCAGAACAACCGCCACAUCUUUCUCUAACUUGAUCGUCGGAGGGGUCGGGUCGAGCUCCCGGCCCGACCUGUGUGCAGGUGCGAGACGGUGUCGCCUCUUCCCAAAGCUGCAGCGGAGCUGUCUCACGAACCGAACCACCGACCCGACCUGCCGAACCGACCUCCCGACCCGAGCCACCGUGAGCGGCCGCCGGGAGACCAAAAAGGGCGUCUCCAGAGAUCCCACCGUCAUCCGAGCUCGAACCAAGCCGUGUCGGCCCCGAGGCCACGGCUAAAAAAGUUACUUUCCGUAACAUAUUGGCGCUAGGAGGGCCCGGAAUGACGGUACGUUGGUCUUCUCCUUGGUUGCUCCACUGCAGCCGACCUGCACCAGCAGCAGCGACUUCUGGGGUCGGUCUCGGCUUCCUGGCCAAACUCCCCUCUGUCCCACGCGCGCGGCCAACCCGCGCGCCUCACGCGCGGCCAAACCACCCGCGUGCCUCACGUCCGGCGAAACCGCCCGCGUCCCACGUGCGCGGCCAAACCGCCCGCGUCCCAUGCGCGCGGCCAGCCCGACCGCGCCGAGCGUCUCGGCUACUCGGUCACGCGCGUGGCUCGGCGACAAGCACCUCGACCCCUCGGUCCCACGCACGCGGCCAACCCGCGUGCCUCACGCGCGGCCAAACCACCCGCGCGCCUCACGUGCGGCCAAACCGCCCGCGUCCCGCGCGCGCGGCCAAACCGCCCGCGGCCCAUGCGCGCGGCCAGCCCGACCGCGCCGAACACCUCGGCCACAGCCUACCCGAGACCUCCCCGGCCACGGCUUACCCGAGACCUCCUCGGCCACGGCUUGCCCGAGACUUCCUCUAUGCAUGCGCAAAUAGCUCCUCGGCCGCGGCAUGCAUGAGGAGAGAUAUGGCGUCGCUCGAGAGACUUGGCCCAUGCGCGGCCAGCACGUAGCCUUGCUGCCUCGCUGCCUCAGCCACUCGGCCUCGUGCGCAGCCAGCGAGCAGCAUCGCUGCCUCAGCCACUCGGCCUCGUGCGCAGCCAGCAAGCAGCAUCGCUGCCUCGGCCACUCGGCCUCAUGCGCAGCCAACACGCUGCCUCGGCCACUCGGCCACAUGCGCAGCCGGCAAGCAGCAUCGCUGCCUCGGCCACUCGGCCACAUGCGCAGCUGCCUCACUGCCUCGGCCACUCGGCCUCGUGCGCAGCCAGCACGCAACCUCGCUGCCUCGGCCACAUGCGUAGCCAACGUGCUGCACGCUGCCUCGGCCCCAUGCGCGGUCUAUCCGCAUACACCGAGCACCUAGGCCAAUCCCUAUCGAGAUCCACCUCGGCGCGGCCCGACCGUCUGUCGUGUUCCUCGGCCGCGUGGUGCCCGAGGCCACGUCCUCGCGUCCUGCCUGCCUGAUCGUGCUACUCGCUCGCAUGACCCUCGCGACCACGCCUGCGCGGUCACCCCGCCUGCGUCGUGCUCCUUGGCCCCAUGUUCCCGAGACAGACCAGUGCCGCCAGUACGCCCGCGUCGUUCCCCUCGGCUCCAUAAACCCCGAGACACGUCUGCACGGCCAGCCUGCCCGCGCCGAACUCCAUGGCCCUAUCCACCUGGUUCACGCCCCUCGGCUGCGGCUUGCCUGCGCCGAACCCCUCAGCUCCAUGCUUGCCAAGCACACCACCUCGGUCGCAGCCUGCCAACACCGAGCACCUCGGCAACUCUCUGCCGAAAUCCCACCUCAACGCAACCUGCCCGCCUGAGCGGUGUCCCUCGGUCGCAGCCUGCUUGCACUGAGCACCUCGGCCAAUCACUGCCGAGAUCCACCUCGACGCGGCCCGACCGCCUGUCGUGGUCCUCGGUCGCGUGGUGCCCGAGGCCACGUCCUCGCGUCCUGCCCGCCUGCGUCGUGCUACUCGGUCGCAUGGCCCUUGCGACCACGCCUGCGCGGUCUGCCCGCCUGCGUCGUGCUCCUCGGUCGCGUAAUGCCCGAGACCACACCUGCGCCGCCAGCCGCCUGCGUCGUGCUCCUUGGCUCCAUGUUCCUGAGACAGACCAAUGCCGCCAGUAUGCCCGCGUCAUGCCCCUCGGCUCCAUAAACCCCGAGACACGUCUGCGCGGCCAGCCUUGCUCGCGCCGAACUCCUCGGUCAUAUCCAUCGCCUUGCCCACCUGGGUUACGUCCCUCGGCCGCAGCCUGCCUGCGCCGAGUGCCUCGGCACCAUGCUUGCCGAGUCCACCACAUCGGUCGCGUAAUGCCCAAGGCCACCACCUCAAUCGCAGCCUGCCUGCACCGAGCACCUCGGCAACUCUCUGCCGAAAUCCCACCUCAGCGCGACCUGCCCGCCUGAGCGGUGUCCCUCGGUCGCAGCCUGCCUGCACCGAGCACCUCGGCCAAUCACUGCCGAGAUCCACCUCGGCGCGGUCUGUCCGCCUCUAUCGUGUACCUCGGCCGCAUGGUGCCCGAGUCCAUGUCCUCGCGUCCUGCCCGCCUGCGUCGUGCUACUCGGUCGCAUGGCCCUUGCGACCACGCCUGCGCGGUCUGCCCGCCUGCGUCGUGCUCCUCGGUCGCGUAAUGCCCGAGACCACACCUGCGCCGCUAGCCGCCUGCGUCGUGCUCCUUGGCUCCAUGUUCCUGAGACAGACCAGUGCCGCUAGU